AACUCCUGAGUUUUGUUGUUUGGGCUUCGACACGACUUUCAGAGUUUAGUCUUGAUCCCUCUAGUAGUAGUAGUAGUAUCUGUCGUCUAUUCUACUGGAGCGGAGUGUUUGCUUGAGAAGACUUUGCACAGUUGCGAGUCAAUCAUUUGGCCUGUCAGGAGAACGCCUGGCUAUUUUUCGGUAGUCCUUGUGGACGAGGUUUAGUCUUUAGCGCAAUCGGACGCUAUGGAAAGACUUGCUUCCCGCUUCGCUCGAGGUGCCAAUUCGGCACUCGUGCAGCAUCAUGCUGGCGCCGCCAAUGCAACAACUCUUCCUGGAUCAGUAAUGUUUGGCCGUAACAUCACAGAGAGUGCUAAUCAGUCACAUGUUGCCAUGACAAACCGAGCCAGCGUCAAUCCUGCGCCGAGCCACAGUAUGAAGCAAUGGCCGGGUGCGAAGAUUCUCAACAAUCCAUCCAUGCAGAUUAUUGCUCGUCGCUAUCAACGCACUCCUCUUCAGGUAUGGCAGCGCUAUCAAGUACAGUGUGGACUGCCAGGAUCUAACACGGGAUCUGAUGAGCAUCGUAGCUCCAUCAACUCGUUUGCUCUCACCCUGGAAGAAAUGAAUAAAGUAACGGUCGCCCAAUUUCCACAGGUCCCGGCGUGAUGGACCGACUGCCCACAGGUCCCGGCGUGACGGACCGACUGCACCGACUGCUCAGUAGAACAUGGUUCAACUAGUUUGGAAGACAAGUUCCGGCAUAAAUUACACGCAUGCACGCACGCAUAUUCCUGGUUUCUGCUAAUUUUGGAAAGUGUCGAUGCAAUGUUGCCUAAAUCUUUGUUGUUGCGAUGAUGACUAGUUUAAAGGUUUCUAUUCAGUUUUGUUCGUCUAGGGGACUAUCACGCUGUUUUGUUGACCACUAGUAGAUUGAGCAUGCCACUGUUGUCAGUGUUGAUAUUUGUCACAGUGUCAGUUUUGUUACUUGAUUCCUAUUGACUGUACAUGUACAUGUAUAUGUGUCAGGCUGUGCUGCAGUACAGUGUGCAGUGUGUACCGGCUCCACUACUUAUCCUGUGUAUCCCGUGCGUUGUACUGUGCAUGCCUCGCCUGCUAGUUACAGACAGCAUCACACUUGAGUUUCACUAUCAAACAAUUCAUUAGAUCAAUGAGUUUAUCGUUUUCUUUAACCCUCGCAAACCUUUUUAGACGACUUCAAGAGUUCAUUGCAUAUCUACCGCUGCUGGAUCAAUGAGUUUAUUGUUUUCUUUUUAACCUUCGCAGACCUGCAACUACGACUUCCAGAGUGACAUUGCAUAUCUACCGCCUGCUGCUUCUUUAGGCCAAAUAAUGAAUAUGCUUCUGCAUGGCUAGCCCGUGUCUGUUAUUCUGUACCUCAUUAUGAUCAUAGCACAGACACACUGUAACAAGACGUGCUACUAAUGUAUGUGUA